CGCGUGAAAAUUGAUUGAGAAUUUGUGUUCCACCUCACUCAGUUUAAGCCACUCGCUCUCAAAAUUUCAGUAGCUCUUACUCGAAUUGUUUCUUUGCUCAAUCAUCUUACACAUCACAUGAAAGAAAUGGAAGAGUCUUGUGAAAUUCGAAUCUUCGACUUCGAUCAAAUUCCUUCCGCCUCAGAAUUCGCGUCUCAGAUUGAGUCUAAAAACAUUCCCGCUGUGUUUAAAGGAAGCAUUAAGGACUGGAAAGCUUUCUCCAAGUGGAAUCCUUCUGAAGGCGGCCUCGACUAUUUGCAGGAACGGGUAGGGUCUUCUGUUGUGGAGGUUAUGCUAUCCAGAACUGCACCUGUUUUUUAUGGUGAUAUUAGAAGACAUGAGAGGGUUCCAUUGCCAUUUUCUACUUUUAUUGGUUACUGUAAGGAACAUAAGCAGAAAAUGGACAGUUGUGUUGAACCAGAAAGACAUCUGCAAGUGGGGUCCGAGAAAGAGGAACCUUGUUUACUUCCUGGGGAUGUUGCUUCGCAACAAAUUUAUUUAGCACAGGUACCAAUCAUGAAUAACGAGAAUGAAGAGAGGGUGCAACUGGAAUCUCUGAAGGAAGACAUUCAAAAGCCUGCAUUUUUGGAGACAAAAAUAAUAGCUUCUAUCAAUCUGUGGAUGAACAAUGCUCAAGCUAAAUCAAGUACUCACUAUGAUCCACACCAUAAUCUGCUAUGUAUAGUUGCUGGCUGCAAACAAGUUGCUUUAUGGCCCCCUUCUGCUUGUCCCAUGCUAUACCCAAUGCCUAUAUAUGGGGAGGCCUCAAAUCACAGCUCUAUUACUCUAGAAAGUCCCGAUUUUUCGAUGUAUCCCAGAGCAGAGUGCUUCAGGGAGUACUCUCAGAAGGUUAUUCUUCAUGCAGGUGAUGCACUUUUCAUUCCUGAAGGCUGGUUCCACCAAAUAGAUAGUGAUGAUAUUACCAUUGGAGUUAAUUUUUGGUGGCAGUCCAACAUAAUGUCUUGCUUGUCAGAACACAUGGAUGCAUAUUAUUUGCGUAGAAUAAUAAGAAGAUUGGCGGACAGGGAAGUGAACCAAAUACUGGACAAGGCUUCUGCUGGUACAAAGAGACUGAAGAGGCAUACUUGUGAGCUCCUUAAUAACGAGGAACCAGAUCAGACCAACCAUGGUUUGGACCAGUCACACGAAAGACAAGAUCUGCAAGGAAAGGAACCACAACAUAGGAGUUUGUUGCAUGAUUUGCAACCUUGUUCUCUCCAGGCUCUUCAUAAACUUGUUUCUUUAGUCCAUGACCAUGUUAACGUUUCCGACUUAGGUCAACCCGUGGUCUCCACAUCAACUUCUAAUUCCGACUUAAAUGUGAAAGACAAGUAUGGGAAGAUAAUGACAACAAAAUUAUUUUGCUUGGAGGAUGAUCCAGUUGCUAAAAUUCUGUGGACCCUUGAAGCCCAUGCUUUUCAAGAAGUCUCUUUUGCUAUGGCGCAAAACUUCCCCAGAACUUUGGAGGCUCUAAUAUUGCACAUGCUUUCACCAGUGGGGGCAGAAGUCCUUACACGGAAAUUUGAUGAGAUGGAUCAACAGACCUCUGAAGAAGAUAGGUAUUUUUAAUUUUAUGUUGAAUUUUUCUCAAAUUCAUUUAGAA